AUGUUGCGUAGCGGAAAACAUCUCGCGACAAACACGAAGAACAACACCGAAAUUGGUUGUUCUGCCAAUGCUGAUGAAACAGUUGAUGAAACAGGCAAAAACAAUUCUCAGCCUAUACUUCUUGAUGACCCUGACUCAAAACCUUCUCGCGAAAACAGGAAGUCUACCGCUGAAAAAAAUAAGGAAAAGACUAUAGACUUAGAAGUAGAAGAUGAUUCGGAUAUUGAGGCCGAAAUCGAUCGUCAGUAUGGUAACCACGUCGAUCGACCGGUGAACCCUGUCGUCGAUCAACUUUCAGAUAACCCUAUCGAUCGACAUUCCACUCAACCCGAACCAACGAUUGAAAGAGUCUAUAGAACCCUACCCCCUUAUCCUCCUAAAACGCAGACUAAAAAAUCAUUAGAAUAUGCAAUCUGCAAGAAAGCAUUGGAUAGAAUUUCUAUGGAGAUGUCCCUUAGUGAUGCUAUGAAAAUAGCACCUUCGAUAAAGAAGUGUGUGAAGGAUAUGACGUCUCCAAACUAUCCAACUGCGGAACAAAGCGUGAUGAUUGUGUCAGAGGAAAUUGCAAUAUACAGAACACGCGUUUUCCUCGAUCUUGGCUCUAGCGUGAAUCUUAUGCCUUACUCCAUCGCAGUAACCUUGGGAUAUAACGAGUUUAUGCCAACUCCGAUAACCUUGGUUCUAGCUGAUCGGUCUAUUAGGGUACCUGAAGGGAUUCUCGAAGACGUUCCCGUAAAAAUUAAUGAUUGCUUCGUGCCUACGGAUUUUGUUGUGUUAAAAUACAUACAAGAACCAAAAGACCCCCUCAUUCUGGGUCGGCCAUUCCUAGCUACAUCUGGAGCGAUCAUUGAUGUGAAAGAAGGACGAAUAAAUUUGAACAUCGGGGACAUUUCGAUGACCUUUGAUAUGGAAAGGCUAAUCAAGCAACCCUUGAUAGAUGACCAAGCCUUCUAUGUGGAAGAUGUUUCUGAGCUAGAUAAGGAAUCUUUCAUAGACAUGUGCUCAGACGACCCCUUAGAAAAUGCUCUUACCAUUAUGGAAAAGGAAAUCUUGAGCACAGAUAAUAGGACAGACGAUUACGUGCGACAGAUGGAUGCAAGUAUCGAGGUUGCGAACAUCGAAGAAGAUGAUGACUCAGACAUUACCGUCGAUCGACAACCAUCUUCAUUAUCUAAUUGGUCUAAAGACAAAGCAGCAAAGGUUGAAUUAAAACCCCUCCCCAGUGGUCUUGAAUAUGCAUUUCUUUAUGACCAAUUCUACCUUGUUAUUGUCAACGCCAAUCUCACUAGCGGAGAACUUGCGUUAUUAUUAAAUAAACUACGCAAGAACAAGAAAGUAAUCGGGUAUUCUCUCGAUGAUAUACCUAGUAUUUCUCCUGAUCUUUGCAUGCACCGUAUUCAUUUGGAAGACGACGCUAAAACGUCGAUAGAACAGCAAAGGAGAUUAAAUCCGAAUCUAAAAGAAGUAGUCAAAAAGGAAAUUAUUAAACUCCUAGAUGCUGGAGUUAUCUAUCCUAUUUCGGAUAGUAAAUGGGUAAGCGUUGUACCCACCAAAAAGGGAGGUAUUACAGUAGUGAAGAACGAAAACGAUGAACUCAUCUCGACCCGUGCCGUCACUGGACAUCGGAUGUGUACCGACUAUAGGAAAUUAAAUGCCGCUACUAGGAAAGAUCACUUUCCCCUGCCCUUUAUUGAUCAAAUGCUGGAACGUUUAGCCAAUCACCAGUAUUACUGUUUUCUUGAUGGAUAUUCUGGAUUUUUCCAAAUUCCCAUACAUCCGAAUGAUCAAGAAAAGACAACCUUUAUAUGCCCCUAUGGAACAUUUACGUAUCACAGAAUGCCAUUUGGUCUUUGUAAUGCUCCCGCCACUUUCCAACGUUGCAUGAUGUCAAUUUUUAUAGACAUGAUCGAGGACUUUAUGGAAGUCUUUAUGGAUGACUUUUCAGUCUACGGAUCAAAUUUUAAGAGUUGCCUCGAUAAUUUAUGCAAGGUAUUGGAAAGAUGCGAAGAAAAUGACCUUGUCCUAAAUUGGGAAAAAUGCCAUUUUAUGGUUAACGAUGGCAUCGUAUUAGGCCAUAAGGUUUCCGCUGCUGGUAUACAGGUAGAUAGAGCUAAAAUCGAGGUGAUGACCUGUCUACCCGCACCCAAAAAUGUAAAAGACGUGCGAAGUUUUCUCGGACACGCCAGCUUUUAUAGGAGGUUUAUACAAGACUUUAGCAAAAUUGCUAGACCUUUAAAUAACCUCUUGUGCAAGGAAAUGAGCUCAGACGAAUAUGCAGAUAGACGUGAGAGGAGGACGAAGAGGAGAUACGACGAAGCUAGCACAUCCAUACAGCACCGCGACCCUUGGCCUCGUGAUGAUAAAACAUCCAUCGACACAUUCGAGGAGUUCGCUAACCCGAAGAAAGCGGUCAACAGCAAGGAGUGCACCAACCGCGUGCUCAAGGACGAGUGGGACGACUACGACAACUUGUUCUACAACGCUUGA